UGUCGAUACCCCGCAAUCCUGCUGAUACGGUCACAAGAAGACAUGCGUGCAUUGCUGUUGGUAUGGAAUGUAUUUCAUGAGCAUUUUAGCCUCUUCGGAGUACGUAGAUUUCGGAUGUCGGUAUCAAUGAAGAAGAUGAUACAUCAUCAACAUUAUUGUAAUUGAGAUUCCGUCGAUUGUUCAACAAGAUGUCAAGUCUCUAUUUUACCGAAGGUGUUAUUAUUUUAUGUUGAACCGACGUCAAUGUGGAGCACUUUACCAAAAUAGGAAGAGCUAUACGACCAUGAUGAGGAAUGAGGGAGAGGUGAAAAAUAUCCACAGGAUGAAGAGGAACAAAGUUUCUAAACGCCAUCUUGGUUUUUUACUGAGUGUUGUGUCUGUCUGCUGCCUUGUGCUGACUGUGAUUGAAUCAUUGUAUGAAAAGGGAUGAUUCCGUUCCUUAUUAUUCGGAGUUCGAUUAUCCAGUGAAAAUGGAUUUCAUCACAAGUUUUAAAGAAUACAAAGCAAACGGAAGACUGCCUACAGAUGAAAUAAUCAAUCCACAUCCAUUUCAAUACAUUCAUUUAAGAGAGGAAUGCAAUUUCAAAGAAAAGGGAACAGCUCCUCUUCUAAUAUUAGUGAAGUCUACAGCGACUAACUUUCAUUUACGCCACGCUAUUCGAGCGACGUGGGGUAAUGUUACGGGAAUGAACGUUGAAAUUGCGUUUUUGCUCGGAUACCGCGCGGAUCAGAAAAAUGACGUUACUAAAGAGAUGGAAUUGUAUGGUGAUAUUGUACAGGAAAAUUUUGAGGAUUCUUAUAUGAACAAUACGUAUAAAACUAUUAUGGGAUUUAACUGGGCCGUUCAGUACUGUAACCAAGCCAGUCACAUUGUGUUUGUUGACGACGACCACUACAUAAAUAUCCCUAACAUAAUUAGUUAUAUCAACACACUGCGUGUAUCAUUUAAUGAUGAUAUUAUGGUAGGUAACUUGUUACUUGAGAGAAGUCCAUUUCGAUUCAAAUAUUCAAAAUGGUAUGUGUCCUCAGAGCAAUAUCCAUUUGAUAAAUGGCCGCCCUAUUUAGCUGGGGCUGUAUUUUUGAUGUCACGUGAAUCAGCUAUAAAAAUGGCAUUUGCAUUUCCAUAUAUAAAAUAUCUCGGCAUUGAUGACUCGUAUCUAGGAAUAGUAGCAAGUAAGGUAGGUAUAGCACCUCGUCACGAGGCACGAUUUGUUAUACCACCUUAUUUACUGUAUACAGAUCCCUCACAAAUGGUAUAUGGCGAAUUUAAGGACUUGGCAGAAUUCAAAAUAGUUCACAGUAAACUUGAGUACUUUGCUGAGGUAAAAAUGUGUGUUUUUACCUGGAAAUGCCAGUUCGCAUUUUUACUUUGAAAAAAAAAAUCAAAUCUUUGCAUGUAUUUAACAGCAAUGCCCUGAUCCUUUACAAGUGAGAUUUGCUGAUGGUUGCAUACACAUAUCUCCAAGUGUAUUCAUUAAAUUGAAGCAUUAUAGAUUUAAUAAUUAAAAUAAAUAAAUAUAUACUAAUUUUGUGUGUAAAUGCAUGUAUAUAGAUCUAUUUUGUGUUUCUAUCAUAUAUACUAAUUUUGUGUGUCUAUAAUUCUUAUGGAUUUAUUUAUCGUGGUUAUAUUGUAUAGGUUAAUUUGUUUGUGUUUAUUUGGUAUAUAUCUGUUUUGCGUAGUAGUAUUGUAUAGGGUUAAUUGUGUGUGUUCAUUUGGUAUAAAUCUUUUUUGUGUGGUAAUAUUGUAUAGGUUAAUUUGUUUGUGUUUAUUUGGUACAUGUAUACAUCUAUAUAUAUAUUGCGUGGUUAUAUUUCAUAGGUUUUUUGUGUGUGUUUAUUUCGCAUAAAUCUAUUUUUCGUGUU